AUGAGUGUCCGUGUUGUUGCCCGUGUGAGGCCUCUUUGGAAGUCGGAGCGCGAACUGGAUGUGAUUGUGCGACCCGGAAACGUGGCCACUGAUGCGCUGAAGGUGAAGGAUUCGCAGUCAGGCAAGGUCCCUGUCAAAGAGCGGGAUACCCUUAUCAGGAUUCCGAAUCCCAAAAAUGAGGGCGAACAAUACACCUUCCAAUUCAAUGCUGUCUACGGCGGAGAAACAACACAACAGGAGCUCUUUGAAGCUGAAGUGGCACCCACUGUGAAACAUUUAUUCAACGGGUUCGACGUUACCAUCUUUGCAUACGGCGUCACCGGAACCGGGAAAACACAUACUAUGCGAGGCGGUAAAAGUCUCCAAGAUCGGGGAGUUAUCCCCAGACUGUUGAGCGCCAUCUAUCGACGUAGUCGGAAGACUGAAAAGGACUCUGAAGGGACAAGCAAGGUGGAAGUCUUGAUGAGCUAUUAUGAGAUAUACAACGACAAGGUGUAUGAUCUAUUUGAGCCACCAGAGAAGAGGACGCUGGCGGGGCUGCCACUAAGAGACAACCAUGGAAAGACGGUUGUCGUUGGCUUGACUGAACGGCCGUGUCCAAGUUUGAAGGACUUUGAAAGUCUCUAUGACCAAGCCAACACAAACCGGUCAACAUCUGCCACAAAAUUGAAUGCCCAUUCUUCACGGUCACACGCUAUCCUCUGCGUCAAGCUUGUUAUCACAAAUGGAGAAAAGACCCGUGUUAGCAUUGCAUCUGCAAUCGAUCUAGCUGGCUCCGAGGAUAAUCGGCGCACUGAGAACGGAAAGGAACGCAUGGUUGAAUCCGCAAGCAUUAACAAGAGUCUUUUCGUACUGGCCCAGUGCGUAGAGGCCAUCAGCAAGAAGCAGUCUCGUAUACCUUACCGAGAGUCAAAGAUGACUCGCAUUCUCUCAUUAGGGCAGAACAAUGGUUUGACAUUGAUGAUACUCAACCUGGCUCCCAUACGAUCAUAUCAUCUUGAUACUAUCAGCUCGCUAAACUUCGCCAAUCGAACAAAGAAGAUUGAAGUGAGGGAAGUUGAAAAUGAACCCAUGUUUAAAGGACCCCCGAGAUCGGCGCGAUUAGCAUCUACUGCAUCCCGCCAACCACUUCGGCCUUUGACUGCGUCUAUCAAUGUGAAUAUACCGGUGAAUGAUGAUAAGAAAGCCGAUGAGAAGAAACCAACCAAGGCUUUUUACGUGUACUCCGACAAGCAGCCAGUCAAGCCUCAUCGGACGUCACUCAGACGGUCGUCGCCUUUGAAGCAGAAUAGUCCCAAUUUUAAGCGUCAAUCUUAUUCCAAGCCAGCCAAAGAAGUGGACAAGCUAUCCGCAACCAGUCUCAAGGGUGUCUCAGCAGAUAAGAUCGAAGAAAUGGUGGAAAAGAAAGUGGAGCAACUGCUAGCAGCUCGGGCACUUGAUGACUCUAAUCAACAUCAAGCUCAAUUGGAGCAAAUGAAUGAGCAAAUGCAGCGUCGUUUGGAAGUCCUUGAGCGAAGAAUCGAAGGGACAGAGGAUGCUCGGGCCGAAGGGCUUUCUUAUCUCUUGAUGGCAAAACAACAUCACGGAAGGAAAGAGUUUUCGUCGGCUCUACGAAUGUACAAGCUUGCUUUGCCAUUCUUUCCUCGGAAUCAAAAGCUUGCCGUUAAGAUAGCUAAUCUUGAAGAGAAGCUGAACUCCAAACCUAAGUCACAACCUGAACCGACAGUUACUCUUCCUGGACGAGGAAGUAUGCUCUCUAUCAGUAGACCUGCUAAGAUGGUGAAGACGAAUUCGUCAAGAGAUACGAGUGAUGACGAAUACCAGGAGUCUGAUCAUGACUUUGCCGAUGAAGAGGACCAUUACACUAAUUCUUAUACUGGUCUCAAACGGAAGCGUGCAAUUCUAGAAACGGCCACGAACUCAUCCAUGUUCGACAACUCUCUCCGUGGUAACGUCGAUGAUGAACUGUUGAUACAGUCUCCGCGCACAGCUCAUUUGCUAUCUAUCAUCAACUCAAGGGAUGUUGGCCAGAUCAAACUACUCAAAGGCGUCGGGGCAAAGAAAGCCGAGGCAAUUGUUAAUUGCCUCUGUGAGAUGGAUAUGGUAAACGAAUCGACUGCCGAACAAGCACAGGUAAGGAGUCUUGCCGAGUUGGGCAAACUAAAAGGUGUUGGUCUGAAGACCGUACAAAACAUGAGAAGUGGAGUAUUGGGGUAG